AUGAACUACUGCCCAGAGCACAAAUAUCACAACUGGGGAGCUAAUGACAUGUACUUGCAGUACUGGUACCAGCAUCAAGCAUCACCCCUUGCCGCCAACAGGGAGAGGGGAACUGAGGCCUGGCUCCCUGCUCAGCCCUGGGGCGGCCAGCCCGCCCCUUCCACCCCCCUGGCCCAGGACAGCCUCCCCCAGGGCACUCCGACCCAGCCCAGGGCCUCCCUCACCCGGGCCAGGCCGGGCCGGUGGCGCCUCUCCCCUCCCAGCACACUUCCCAGCCAGGCUUCCCUCAGGCCGGGCCCAAUCCCCGCCCUGCAGCCCCAGGUCAGGCCGGGCCCCCCCACCCCCCCCCCACCCACCCCCCCCCCCCCC